CGUGGGCGGUGGCGGCGGCGGUUCCGGUUCCGGCGGCGGCGGCGGCGGCGGCUCCGGGGGGAAGGCUCCGGGAACCCGGGAACGGCACCGGGAGCGGCUCCGAGCGCGGCCCACCCCGCACCGGCAACAUCCCCGCCCGCCCCCCCCGCCUGCCCCGCAACCCGCCCCCCCCCCCGUGAUCCGCCCGCGCCGCCCCCGCAGUUGGCAGGAGGGAGAAAAUGAAAGCAGGCUGCAGCAUUGUGGAUAAACCUGAAGGAGGAGGAGGGUAUCACUUCCCGGAGUGGGCUUAUAAAACCGAGUCCAGCCCUGGCUCCAGGCAGAUCCAGCUGUGGCACUUCAUCCUGGAGCUGCUCCAGAAGGAGGAAUUCCGCCAUGUCAUCGCCUGGCAGCAGGGAGAGUACGGCGAGUUCGUCAUCAAGGACCCCGACGAGGUGGCCCGGCUGUGGGGGAGGAGGAAAUGCAAACCCCAGAUGAACUACGACAAGCUCAGCAGGGCCCUCAGAUAUUACUACAACAAGAGGAUCCUCCACAAGACAAAGGGCAAGAGGUUCACCUACAAGUUCAACUUCAACAAGCUGGUGAUGCCCAACUACCCUUUCAUCAACAUCCGGCCCAACGGUGUGGUCCCCCAGAGCGCUCCCCCCGUCCCCACGGCCUCGUCCCGCUUCCACUUCCCUCCGCUGGACGCCCACUCCCCCACCGAGGAUCCCCAGCCCGGGGGCCGCUUCCCCGGCGGUUCCCUGGGGCCGGGAUCCACCCCGGAGGCUCUGCCGGACGGCGGCGGCGGCGGCGACAGGAAGCCGGAGCUGCCGGAGCUGCUGGAAGAUUCCUCCUCGGAUUGGCGCCGGGGGGGCGUGGAUCUGCUGGCCCCCCACGGCGGCCCCGGCGGCGGGAGCGUCGCCCACGCCAAGCGCAAGCCCGACAUCGUCCUGCCGCUGUUCCCCCGGCCCGGGAUGUUCCCGGACCCCCACAGCCCCUUCGCCGUGUCGCCGCUGCCGGGCCGCGGGGGGGUCCUCAACGUGCCCAUCUCGCCGGCGCUGUCGCUGACGCCCACCCUGUUCUCCUACAGCCCCUCGCCGGGGCUCAGCCCCUUCACCGGCAGCAGCUGCUUCUCCUUCAACCCCGAGGAGAUGAAACACUACCUGCAUUCCCAGGCCUGCUCCGUGUUCAACUACCACCUGAGCCCGCGGACUUUCCCCCGCUACCCGCUGGUGGUGCCGCCGCUGCAGUGCCAGGUGCCCCUGGAGGAGCAGCCCCAGUUCCCCAUCAAGCUCCAGCCGCCUCCCGCCGGCCGCAAAAACAGGGAGAGGCUGGAAAGCGCCGAGGAAGCCGCUCAGCUCAGGGUGAAGGUGGAGCCCGCCGGGGACAAGGAGCCCGAGGAGGCCAAGGACGGAGGAGAGCGGAGGGAAGAAGGUUCCGGAGCGGAGGAAGGCAAGGGGGGGCCGGUGUUCGCCCGCCCGGCCGCCCCGUCCUGGCUCCCGGCGCCCGCCCAGCCCGGCUCGUCCUCCUCGGAAGAGCCCCCGGAGCAGCAGCAGCAGCAGCAGCAACAAGGGGAGAGCGGCGUGGAGAAACCCCCCCGGGAUCCCUGCGGAGAGGCGGGAGCUCAGGAGAAGAGGGAGGACGCCCUGAUGCCCCCCAAGCUGCGCCUGAAGCGCCGCUGGAACGGGGACAGGCCGGCGGAGCCGCCCGAGGAGAACGGCAGCGGCCUCUGGAACGGCCCCAACGUCGCCGUCCCCAAGGCCGUGGCGGCCGCCAGCUCCGACACCUAAUCCCGGGGCUGGGAGAGCAUCCAGGGAUUCAUGUAGCAGAGGUUGCAGAGCGCGGGGAGGGGAGGUGGCGGGAGGGGGUGGGACACGGGGGGGGGGUUAGAGGCUGGUUUUGGGGAUUCUAGGAAUUCUGGGGGGGGGUGGGAGGAGGGAGGGGGGGUUGUGUUCUCUUUGUUUUCGUUGUUGACUCGCAGGUGAGAUGCCGGGUUGUUCCUGCUCCGGGUCGUUCCCGCUCCGGGUCGUUCCCGCUCCGGGUUGUUCCCGCUCCGGGGUCGUUCCCGCUCCGGGUCGUUCCCGCUCCGGGGUCGUUCCCGCUGCUCCUCCGUCGUUCCCGGGCUUUCCCGGCUGAGCUUUGGGCCUGGCACGGACUCCCAAGGGGGGGUUGAGGCCUUUUUUUUCCCCCAGGGAUGGAGGAAUUCCGGGCGUGGCCUAUUUUGGUGUUUAUAGCAGCAGGAAUCUCCAAAUCCAUGUAAUUCCCUGGGGUUUUUUUUAUAUAUAUAUAUAUAUAUAUUUACACGGAGCGUGCGAUGGCGGGAGAGGAGAAUUCCCAGCUUUGCAUCCGCCUCGGGAGCUGAGGGGGGGUAGGACUGGGAUGAGGGAAUAUUGCACUGUCCUUGGAGCAGGGGAAGGAUUCAGGAAGACACGACUGAGAAAAUCAGGAUGCUGCCGGAGCGGGAGAGCCGCCCUCUCUCCCUCUCUCUCCCUCUCUCCCGGAGAGGGAUCCGCAUUCCCGGCUCUCCGGGAUCCGCAUUCCCGGCUCUCCGGGAAAAAUCCUUCUUUUCGCCUUUUAUUUUUGUUUUCUCCUGCAGAAGCCAUGAGCAAAAAACUCUUCAAAAUCCUUCAGGGAAUCGGGAACGGGAACGGGAUGUCAAAAAACCUUAACCCAAUGCCUUUAACAGACGCAUUAAAAUGUACCCGGGGGGGGCCCCGGGGGGGUUUUCCCAAACCUCUCCCUCCCCCCUUCUCCCAAGUCGCGCGGGUGGAAUUUGGGAGCGACGGGAAAGAUUGGAACGUCGGGAAACGAUUGUGGUGGAGCGGGAACGCCGGAAUCGCCCCCCGGGAACGCCCCGGGGAGCCUCGGUGACUCCAUUCCCUGCGUUUGGAUCCCCCUGUCACCUUGACUCAUGCCUUAAACUACGCGUGGACUCGAUCCCGGCGGGAUCCGGCCACGGGAGCGCUUGGAUUUCAUGGAUUUUCAUGGAUUUUCGUGGAUUUUCGUGGAUUUCCGUGGAUUUUCGUGGAUGUUGCCCCGGUGCCGGAGCGGCGGCCGCGUCUCCCGGCGCAAAUCCCGCUGUAUUUUUUGCUACAAAUCCUCCUUAUUUCCCUACUCGGCCGACAUUCCCCUUGGGACCGAUUCCCUCGGGAACGCGCUCCCAUCCCGGCACCGGGAUGAACCCUCGAUGAUUCCUCGGGAAGGAGCUUCGGGAAAAACCUGCCGGGGACGGAGCCGCAUCCCGAGGGGGAGGAUUCCCGAGGGAGCCGCUCCGGGAGCGUCGGGAGCACAGUUUGGAAGUGGAAUUCAGGCAGGGAUUCCGGGGGCUGCCGGGAUGAGAUGCCGGGAGUCGGGAGCCGAUCCCGGGAGUCGGAUCCCGCGCGACCCGGACGGGCUCCGGAUUUUCCUGGAGCGUGGAGGAAAAACGGGAUGCGAGGAGCCUUUGGAUCGUCCCAACCCCGCCGAGGGUGUCCAGGAGUGAACUCAGGAAUUAGAAAACACGAGGCCUUUCCCCAUUCCCGGCUUUGAUCCGUAUCCUCCAAAGUGCCGGAGCCCGGCGGGAAUUCGGGAAUUCUGGGGGGGGGGGGGCUGGGAUUGGCCCCGCCCCCUUUUCGUUCGAGGCAAAAAAAAAAAAAACAAACCCCGAAACAAAACAAAACAAAAAAAAAAAACAUAAAAAAAAAAAAAGUUGGGACUCGUUUGGCUUUAAAAAAGUUUGGAAUGACGGGGGGGGUUGGGGGAGAGGGUGGGAAAGGGGCGGGAAUUGUUUUUUUCCAUAGCCAUUGCACUGCAAAAAACCCACACAAAAAAAAGCGGGAGCUCCACGUUCAGGGAUAAAGGAUUCCCGUUCUCAGGAACAGCGGAUCAGCCACCGGAUCAAGGGGAGGGGUCCUCAGAGCACCCCCCCCUCGGGAUCCCAACCGGACUUCCCGUUGCCUGGAAAAGCCUGGGAAGAGGAGGAGGAGGAGGAGGAAAAGGAGGAGGAAGAGGCGCUUAUAAAUACAUUUAAAAAAUAAUCGAUUUAAAAGAGAAAAAAAAAAAAAACACGCAAAAAAAAAAAUAAAAAUAUAUAUAUAUAUUCCAGAUGUGCCAAAAUCUUGGAAACUCGUUAAAAAAAAAAGAAAAAAAAAAGAAAAAAAAAGGUUUUUAAGUGGUUUGAGAUCUCCACGUCCACCUGUAAUGAAUUAAUCAAGAGCAUGUUAAUUGUUUUAAAAACCGUUUUUGGUUUUUUUUUCUGUUCGUUCGUUCGUUCGUUGGGUUUGUUUUUUUGUUUUUUGGGGUUUUUUUUCGAGCUUUUCUUUAGUUGGUAGAGAAAAAAAAUCCGUAGGGGAAAAAAAAAAAAAGAGACUUUUAACGGGACAAUCGGCAGCAAGGCCAAGGUUGUUUUGUUUUUUUAUUAUUAUUAUUUUUGGGGAAUUCAGACCAUCCAGGCGGGACAGAGCCCUGUCCCCCUUCCCAAAUCCAGGUGGGAAGAGGAGGAGGAAGAAGAGGAGGAAGAAGAGCCCCUUUCCAGGAGCAUUAACAGGCCCCUCGCUCGGUUGUCCCUCGGUUUUUUUUCCUUUUAUUUAUUCCAUAAUUAUGUUUUUAAAGCUGGUUUUUUUUUCCGUUGGGGGGUGGGUUUUUUUUCUCUCUCUUUUUUUGUCUUCUGGAUCCUGGUGGUUUUUUUUUUUUUUUUUUUUAAGAAAAAAAACCCACGAGGAGGAAUUUCUUUUGGUUUGCUGAAAUAACCAAUAAUCAGUUUUUAACAAGGAGAAAAAAAAAAAAAAAAAACCACGUUGAUGAUUUCUUUUAGUGCUUUUAAGGCGACUUUAUUAAGUUAGAAAAGGGGGGUUUUCGAGUUUGUUUUUUUUUUAAAAAUCACUUUUUUCCUGAGGCGUGUUCUUUGACUUUUCCUGGAGUUUGAUUCCGCAGGGAUUAGCGAGGAUACAUAACCCAGAGCCUGGGAUUGAACGUGUGUGUCCGUGUACAUACCAUGUAAAGUAGUUUCAAAUACUCCAUUGUGCAGUGCCUUUAGACGUUCCACUUUCUAUAAAGUUCUUCGAGGAAAAAAAAAAACACAAAAAAAAAAAAAGAGGAAAAAAAAAAAAGGUUGCAUAUAUAUAUUAUAUAUAUAUAUGAUGUAAUGUUAUAGAAAUAUAUGUAUAAUAUACAUAUUUUUUUCCAGGGGUAUCUGAUAGCUCUGUAUUUUGUUAUGGAAGUUGAAAGAAAACAAAAACAAAGUAUUUUACCUCAAAUUAAAAAGUUAAAUAAACCUUUUAACAAA